GCCCUUCAUUUGUUUGACUCUUUUUGGUGUGCAACAACAACUCUGAGAAGGCAUUUGAGCGCUGGUAGAGCGAGCUUUUGGAGUUACAGGAGCCCCAUGGAAAACGGAUUGGCUUCAGUGAGACAACGUUUGGCAGGUGUCUUUGGAGCCUGACCCCAUCCAACAGUUUGUAUGGAACCGAAUCACUCUUCAAGUCAGGGUGAUGGAGCCACAUUGUUGGGGGAGACCAGCUGCCCUCUGAAAGCCACCGAGGACAUCUCGUUUCGAUGCUGUUCCUGCACCUAUAUCACCAGAGAUCAGCAUGUAAUAGUGAGCCACCUGGUUGCCCAUGGAGAUGAACAAUUCAAGUGCCAGCAUCCUCCCAUGUCUGGCUCCAAGUCCCAAGUGCUUGGCAACAGUCGAAAGCACAAGAGCGAUAAGCCAUUUAAGUGCAAGCUUUGCCCCCGAGCGUUUACUUGUAAUUCCCUUCUGAGCUGUCAUAAUCGAACACACACUGGUGAAAAGCCAUUUGAGUGCAAGCUGUGCCACAAAACCUUUUCUCAACAAUGCAGUUUACGAAGUCAUAAUCUAACACACACUGGUGAAAAGCCAUUUAAGUGCAAGCAGUGCCCCCAAGCAUUUUCUCAUAAUCACCAUUUGAUCCGCCAUAAUCGAACACACAGUGGUGAAAAGCCAUUUCAGUGCAAGCAGUGCCCUCAGGCCUUUGCUCAAGAUUCCCAUCUGCGAAGCCAUAAUCGAAUUCACAGUGGUGAAAAGCCAUUUAAGUGCAAGAUGUGCCCCCAAACCUUUGUUCAACAUUCCAAUUUAAAAAGCCAUUAUCGAGUGCACACAGGUGAAAAGCCAUUUAAGUGCAAGCUGUGCCCCCAAGCCUUUGCUAACCAUUCGAAUUUACGAAGCCAUAAUCGAAUGCACACUGGUGAAAAGCCAUUUAAGUGCAAGCAGUGCCCCCAAGCGUUUGCUAAGAAUUUCACUUUGAACCGCCAUAUUCAAACACACAGUGGUGAAAAGCAAUUUAAGUGCAAGCAGGGCCCCCAGGCCUUUGCUCGAGAUUCCAAUCUGUGAAGCCAUAAUCGA